AUGGAAAAUGACAAUAACAGGUGUUGUGAUAUAUAUAUUGGGGCAGUGCCCUAUGAAUCUGUAAUUAAACGCCAACCAUCAAUAACCGUUUUUCCCUCUCAUGCUUCUCUCUGUAUUUCUUGGUUCCUCUCCAUAUUUCCUUCUUCUUUGAGCCUCAAAACUCAAAGAAACGGUCUUAAGAUGUCAAAGGCGGUGGUUUAUACCCUAAUAGCCACCGCCAUAUUAUUGUUCAUAUUCUUAUCGCCGUUGAACCUUGAGGAACCAAAGGGUCGCCUUAAUCGUAGGUUUGGGUAUGAACUACUUGGGCGAGCACCAAAUUUUGAUCCGGUUGUCACAAAUAUUGAGAGAGAGGUUGGGAAUGAGAUUCAUCAUCAUCAUCAUCAUGAGCCUGCUGCUCCUCGUAGCAUGUCCACAUUAGUUGGUGAUGUUGCGGAGACAUAUCAAUAUCUUACCUCCGCUGGUAAAUUGAACACGACAUUAAGGUUGAUCAUUUUGUUCCCUUUGCUAGAUAGAGAACCAAAAGAUGGGGUUAUUGAUUUCAAUGAGUUAGAGGCUUGGAUUACUCAACGAGCUAGAGAGAGAUUAGAUUAUGUCACGCAAGCUGAGCUUCAUUCCAAGGACAAGAAUGGGGAUUUGGCCAUCUCUUUUAGCGAGUACCUUCCUCAGUUUUCAAAAAAGGAUAUAGAGAAGAAAGAAAUGGGGCACGGCGAUGCAGGAUGGUGGAUGGAAAGAUUUGAUAUUGCAGACACUGAUCACAAUGGGCUUCUUAACUUCACUGAGCUUAAAGAUUUUUUGCACCCAGAAGACAGCACAAAUCAGGAAAUGCUGAAAUGGAUGUUGAGGGAUAGACUAAAGCGCAUGGACGAUGAAGUCGAUGGGAAACUGGAUUUCAAUGAAUUUGAAGACCAUGUAUAUAGUACAUAUGAAAGUUAUAAGGACUUUGAAACCAAUGGUGGGGAUGUACCUACUCCAAACGAUAUAUUUGCUGAGCUUGAUGUAAACAAAGACCUAUUUUUGUCGCCGGAAGAAUUGCUACCAAUACUUUCUUAUCUAUAUCCUGGAGAGCUGGCCUACGCUAAAUAUUUCACGAACUAUUUAAUAAAUGAGGCCGAUGAUAAUGAAGACCAAAAGUUGUCACUCGAAGAGAUGCUUAAUCAUGAAUAUAAUUUCUACAACACAGUUCAUGCAGAUGGCCACCAAGAAAGCGAUGAUGAUCAUGAUGAGCUUUGA